CCGUCACAUGUCCGGGCUCAGAAGUCACCUGACUAUGAGGCAUGAUAUAAACGCAGUGAACGCACCCACCCUGCAUUGCAGUGCUCAGAACCAGGCGCCAUUCGAAUUCAUACAGUCGCUAGAACAAGAAGAGCGUCAACCGGACAUAAACAGCACAGUCAUGCUGUACCUCGCGUUGUUUUUCAUCUCCGCAGCUGUCGCCACCCCUCUGUUGGGUACUGAACAGUGUGUCUACUCUCUCCUAGCUGUCGCCACCCCUCUGUUGGGUACUGAACAGUGUGCCCGUGGUCCUCCCUACUGGUGCCAAAAUGUGAAGACUGCCUCGAUCUGUGGCGCCGUAGUCCACUGCCAAGAGAACGUAUGGAACCAACCCCAGAUGAAAUCUGUGCCGUGUGACCUGUGUAAGGAGGUGUUGGUUGUGGUGGACCAGCUGCUGAAAGACAAUGCUACUGAGGGUGAGAUCCUGGGCUACCUGGAGAAGGCCUGUACCUUGAUCCCUGACAAGGAUCUGUCUGCACAGUGUAAGGAGAUGGUAGACAGCUACUACCCUAUCCUCAUGGGUAUCAUCACUGGAGGACUGGAGGAUCCCCAGGUGGUGUGUGGCGCCAUGGGGUUGUGUACCUCUCAGCAGGCAGCUCUGGCCAGGCUGGCUAAGCUCACGUCCAACCAGAUCCCCCAGCUCACGUCCAACGAGAUCCCCCAGGUAGACCUAGCCCAGAGGGUCGCCCCCUUCCUCCUCAACGUCCCUGGGCUCCUUUACCCUCAGGCGCAGGAUAACACCAAGCAGGGACCUGCCGCAGCACAGGAGACUGGAGACGUGUGUGAGGACUGUGUGAAGUUCAUCACAGACACUCAGGAGGAGGCGAAGAGGAACUCUACCUUUGUCAACGCUCUGAUUGAGCAGAUUCAGGACCAGUGUGACAUGCUGGGGCCUGGCAUCUCUGACCUGUGCAAGCAGUACGUCAGCCAGUACGCUCCUCUCGUCGUCCAGCAGCUGAUGUCCAUGCAACCCAAGGAAAUCUGUGCCUUUGCCGGCUUCUGCUCUGCUGAUGUGAAGAGCUCUGUCCCCAUGAUGAAGCUGGUGGCUGCCAAAACCAUCCCCGCUGUCAAACUGUUUCCUGCCACUAAGAUGGAGGCUGUCAAGCCUGCCAAGAACAUGGUGCGUGCCCGAGACUCCCCCCAAUGUGCCUUAUGUGAGUUCAUGAUGAAGGAGAUGGAGAGCAUGCUGGAGGAUGAGAAGACUGAGCAAGAUGUGGUGCGUGCUGUGGAGAAGGUUUGUUCUGUGCUGCCUUCCUCCCUGUCGGUCCAGUGUAAGGACCUGAUUGAGGCCUACGGCCAGGCCAUCAUUGAGCUGCUGGUACAAGAGGCCGACCCUAAGACGAUCUGCACCGUGUUGGGGCUCUGCAAGGACGCUAGCCGCGCCUUCAUCCCGGUGCUGGACCAAGCCAAGGUUGAGGCGGGUGGGUUCUGUGAGGUGUGUAAGGUGGCUGUGCAGUACAUCGACGGUAUCCUGGAACAGAACGCCACAGAGGCACAGAUCGAAGACGCAGUCAGGAAAGUCUGCAGCUUUGUCCCAGAGGCCGUGAGGAGCGAGUGUGACCAGCUGGUUGAGCAGUAUGAGCCCAUGCUGGUUCAGCUCCUCCUGCAGAUGUUGGACCCUGACUUUGUCUGCAUGAAGUUGGGGGUCUGUCCUGAGGCAGUGCAAAGGCUUCUGGGUAUGGAGCAGUGUAGCUGGGGACCCGCCUUCUGGUGCAAGGACAUGGACUCUGCGAAACGCUGCAACGCGGUGGCACACUGCAGGCGUCACGUGUGGGAAUAGAGUGGAGAGAAGAUCUACUUAAACAUUCAGACCCUUUAGGAAAUUAAGGAGAAACACUAGAGCUGCUUAAGUUUUAAAUCAAUAAAUGGUCACCUUUUUUUUGUUUAAACACGUGGAAUUUAAAGUUUUGAUGUCUAAAUGAAUUUACCCAGGCAGGUUUGAGGGAAGGGAGUGGAUGCCUUUUCAGUUAAUGUGGGGGGGGGGGGGGGGGGGUAUUGGGGCUUUGAGAGGGAAUCUAUCUACCUGACUGUUACUGGGACAAACCGAUACUGUACUGAUUCAUUUUAAUAUACCUGGUUUGUGUAAAACUCUCAUUAGAUAGAUUUCACAUGUUAAGCCUUGUCCUGGACGGAAAAGCACGGGAUGUGUCUUAGUCCAAGAAUCAGGCCCAUUUUUUUUUAAUGUGAAGCAGACCGGUGAGGAGAUUCUAUGAAAGUGUGCUUGGAUACCACCAGUUGAGUCUUAGUGGGUCCUUUGACCUCUUGCCUACUCUUUACCUUACCACCAUCCCUUGCAGUGACUGCAAAUGGAGGAACCUGCUCGGACCGUAUAUAUAUAUCGUACCUUUUCUGGGAUGUUUAACGAAGUCUGUCAUCUCCUUAAAGCAAAUUAAUCUCUAGUUUGUAGAAACUGUUGAAUUGUGUAGAAUACUUAGUUUUUUUUGUAUUAAAUUGGGUGGUUCUGAAAUGGCACCUUAGUCUCUAAAGUAGUGCAUUUUGAUAUAGGGAGUAAGGUGCCAGUUUUUAGACGCGGCCUGUGUACAUUUUGUUAGCUCGUCCGUUGCCGUGGGUGGGGACUCGACUGUAGCACCAAGGGGUGUGGUCUACUCUAAAAUGUGAGUCCAUCCAUAAUGGCACCUUGGGCCCUAUGGGCCCUGGUCAAAAGGAGUGCACUAUAAAGGGAACGAGGUGCCAUGUAGACAUCUCUAGCAACGUGCUCGUGUGCCCCCCCCCCCCCCCCAGCCUGUUUGCGGUGUCCCACUCAGCCAACCAAUGUGCUGACCUCAUCCUGUUUAUGCUAAUCAAUGUUUCUAACGUAAUGACAGAGCUUGAUGUGACCAAUAAUCACUGGCCUGACGGCCUCGCUGUUCAGCCUGAAACUGAUCGGUCAAUUUAACUGAAAUAAAAUGAUCCCAAAUCCAA